AUGGCACAGGGCAGGGAAAGGACCAAUUUUGUUCCAAGAACAGCCUGUGUCUCACCGUUUUGGAAGCAUUCUACGCCGAGCAAUGUCGUAACUUUGAGAAUGCGCCCACCUCAAACUCCUUUUACUUCGCUUGACACAUUCAUGGCUGCUCAUAGUCCUCAGAGAUUUUGCCAAGCAAGACAAAAAUACAUAUUAAGUGAGUUUUUCUCGUUUCCUGACUGUUACGUGUACAUAAAUGACAACAGCGGAAUAGUUACGUUCUAAAUAUUUGUGGCGCGCGCAAUAAUCAAACCAUAAUAGAAUUUUGUUUUAAGCACCCAAAUUGAAUGUUUGUUUUUUACUUGAAGAGCCUUUGACGGUGGAUAAAGGAAUAACGGAUGCUGGAUACGCUCCUGUACAGCAGAAGACAAGAAACAACCCGGAGUAAGUAACAACCGACCAAAACAAUUUUUCGAUUGAAGGAGAUUCGGAUUAUUGUAAAAUGCAAUGACUUACAUAAAUGGCAGCUCGACUACGUAUUCUAAAGGGCCUCAGUCCAUAAAUAUUGGUAGGUACGACGGUGUUGUAAAAGGAAGGUUUAACGUUGUGUUUUUCUUUCCUCCCUUGACCAUAGUAAAAAUAGAAACUCGUCAAAUCGAAGAUCGGAAACUGUGUUUACAAAGUCUUUCCAAUUACUGAGUUUAUUUUAUUAAGAGUUGUGGUCAACAAUAUUAAAGCUAAUUGAGAUUUUUGUUAAUAUACUGAAAGAAUUUCAGGCCAAAACGGACAUGUUGCACGUUGUACAGGACUUUUUCGCAAAUAACCAGUCGAGUUCAUAUUUUCACGCUUAGUCUUUAUUCGUCCUUUGAAAAAACAGACAGAAUUCUUUUAAAAAACAAUAGAAAUGAUUAACUGACAAAUGAUAACUUUUUAAGCCUAUAAUUUUAUUUUGUUCCAAGGUUUUCUGUGAUAAUAUCACUAAAACUCAACAAUUUAUCGUUAAUUUAUAGAACUUUUUGAUGCUAAAUGGCUGCUUUAAGAAGCUUCAAAUUGUUAGAUUAUCAGUAUUUGUUUAUACUUUAUGAAGACAAAAUAUGCCCUUGGAUUUACCCUUCCCCUUUUUUUUUAUUUCGAGCCCCGCUAUUUCGAACUUUUAGUGGGUGAAACGCGGGGUUUUCCUAUGAAGACAAAAUAAUUUUGUCAAAAUUUUCCAGGUUAAUGUCAUGUUAAACCAAUGUUAAAUAUUGCAUAGACCAGUUCAUUAAUAUCUUCCUUUAAGCAACAAACUUUUUGAAUUUUAUCCUAAGAAACUGUUCGAGAUUGAACAUGUAGGUUUUAGGGCUGGUCGUUUAUUACCUGUGGAGGGGAGGGGGGGGGGGAGGGGAGGAGUCAUUUUGAUGGGAGGUCAUUUUCAAAAUCUUGAUUGGCUUUGAGACGUCAUUUUCAGAUUAGGGAGCGUUACCUGGGGCGCAUUCUAAUAAAUUACUUGAAAGUAAAACAAAGCAGUAAUGAGCAUGAAUUGAAAUUGAAACAUCCGUAAAUACUAAACACUGAUCUUAUAAAUGUGACUGUAGAUAAAGUUUGUGCUGAACUUCGGAUCAUUUUUUUGUGUUUUUCAGGUGAGAGAAGGCAAGCAUCUCACCUGAAAAAUACUGAAAAUUAAUCCCUGUUCUGCAGGCUACACGAUUUGUAGUUAGAAUAUUUGCAGUUUCCACAGCAAUCAGAAGGGGGGGGGGGGGGUCACUUUCACAACAGUUAAAAUUUAUGGGGGGUCUUUUCUAAAAAGUUAAGAAUAAUUGGGGUGUCAGUUUGAAAAUCUUUUAAGCUUCUCAAAAUGCCUAAACAAGCAGUCCCUAAAGCAGAAAAUGAAAUUUGGGUCAAAACAUUUUUAACCGAGCUAGUUUGAUUGGCAAUUUCCUUGAAAUCAUAAUCAUGAAGAAUAACAGUUAGAGGACAUAGGACACUGAAUAUCAAAUUAGGGUGAAACUAUGUUAAUCUGGAGUGUAUUUUGAACAUCCAUACAGGAUUGUAGCUCCUAUAAACUCUUGCUCAUGAUUUCUGUCAUUUCUAUAGUGACGCAAGAUGCAAGAGUGUUAAACAGCAGCGACAGAGUCAGUUUACUCACAGGAACCCACAAAGUAACACAUAUACAACACCUGACAGUAGCUGUAGUGAUGGAGAAAACAGAGUUUUGCCACUUGGAAAAUGCAAAAUAAACAAUGAAGAACUUCUUUCAAGUGAUGGAGCUGCAGAACUUUACAGAAGUAGCUUUUUUCGACCAGGACCCAAGAUUCCAUUGACUUUUAAUCGCAGUACAUCAAUACCCACAAUGCCUUGCAGCACCAGUGAUCUCAUUGCUAUUGGGACAAUACCGAUCACAUCACAACGACAGACUCCAGUUAAACCUAUGUCCAGGUGAAACUUAACAACGUUUUUGAGGUGUCUUCACAUGUUUUAAUAAUCUUCAGUUUAUCAAAAGGUUAACUUCAGGAGCCCAUAACCCGGAGCGUCUAACUUCCAUACUGUGCCUAUGCAAUGGCGUUUUCACAAGUAGGUUUAUUUUUAGAUAAGCCUUUCCCACGAAUUGCUUUCGAAAAGCCAAUCACAAGCAAGUGCAUCAUCAAUAAUAAACGUUUGAUACGUAACCAGGACAACUCCUUCACAUUGAAAAAAAAGCAUGGCGAACACACGUGAGGAAUCUUCAGAGGAUUAUUCUGACAGUACUUUAAGCGACAAUUUCAGUAUUUACACGGAAACUAGCAGUUCAGAGGAAGAUCUGUAAAACGUAGAAGAGCCAGGGACGUCCACUUCAUUGGCGACAAUGCAUAAUUCAUGCAAAGGGAAAUCGAAAUCAUCUUCGAAACAGCCGACUGUGAAAAGGUCGAAGCAACAACAGUCAUUUUUUGCGGGAAAAGCUUAUCUAAAAAUAGACUCACUUGUAAAAACGCUGUUGCACGAAUUUAUGGCAGUUGCACGCUCCGGGUUAUCGGCUCCUGUUAACUUUUAUUUCAUGGUUGAGGAUAUGAAGUCCCACAGAAACAAUUUUCCUUUAAAAGUCAGAUGCAGUGGUACUAACCAUCAAUAUCACUGCUUCAAAUCUAUCAAGUCAAGGGAUCCUUUUUAACCUUUUUAAAGUGUCUAUCUCUUCCCGUAUAUGUUCCAAAAAGGAAGUUUCUGCUCUGAACAAUUUUGUGUCGAAUGUCACAAGGAUGCUGUUGUAAUAGUUACUUUUAUCCUGGUACAGUCUAGUUAUUAACCCAAAAGACCAGCAGCAAACUAGCAGAACAGACAAAAAGGAAACAUUAAACAACAGUGAUCUCUUGUUAGUCCACAUUUACUGACACUUUUUCACUGGCACUAACAAUUAGAUAUUUUUAACUACUUUUCUCUUGCAUUUAUAUUUAUUUCAACUUGCAUUUGCACAUGAUUAAUAAAUCAUUUGUUACUUACUUUAUUUACAUACAAUUUAAUGCUCAGGCUAAAUGCCAAUCUUCAGAAUAGCAGGUUGCAGAUGCAGAUAUACAUUGUGUUUCUGGCUGUUUCUUUGCCAAGAAAAACAAUAACCUGAAAUACAUGUCUGCAUUCACAGCUGGCCAACCCAAGUACCCACCCUGGCAAUCAUCCUUUUGUCAAUCUUGCUGACUUUUUGUCAUAGUGGCAGUGUUUAAAUUGUAAAGGCUUAAGUUGUGUAGGCCUGGGUAAUGUGAGAGUCAAACAACUCUAGCUGAACACCACAACACAAAUUGAUAAAUGUUAUAUAAUUUCCAACAGGCAGGGUGCACUGCCUUUUGGCUGUUAACAAGUAGUGAGCACACAUGCAGCUCCAGUCUGGUUUUCAUACAUGUUAUUAAGUGAUGUUUGCUUUAAAAACUUGAAUGAAAAGUCAAAAGUAGACACAGGUGUUUUCUCAAACUACCUGUCCUAAAAAAUUAUUAAACUGAUAUGCUGAGGUGCCAAAGAGACUAAUUCGUUCACUUCAGUACAUUCAUCUUGUGUAGAGGUUUCUUUAAAAGAUAAAUAAGGAAAAAAAUAAGCCAUAAGGGAAGUUGAGCAAAAAAUAUAAAAAGGUAACCUUGAAAAAACAAUAAGUUUUUAGUUCUCAAGAAGAUGAUAAAGACAUUAACUUUAAUGUGCAGUGGUCAUGAAUCUUUAAUUUCACUCAAUUACAUGGUGUUUUCCAUUCGCUGUAGAACUUUCAGCAUUCAAUACCUACAAAGUUCACUAUUAAAAUAAACACAAUCUUGACAAAAAGUAAAACAAGGUUAAACUUCUAAACAUUUUGUCACUUAACUUAAAGGUCAAAUUAUUAUAUACGUUGUACGUAUGUGUUUUUUUUUUUUCAGAUCUUCCUCUGAGGAGGAUAUACAAGUCAUGCCAAAGUCAAAACAAGGAGGAUUGUUAGUUUAUGUUUUUAAAUGUUGCAUUUAUUAAUAAACUUAUUAAAAAAUGGAACGGUUCUAACAGAAUCUUGAAAACUAAAGCUGAAGUCAGAACACCAAUAAUACUAUAAAAUUAAUGUGUGUGUUUAAAAACUUCUACCAUUUGCAGAAAUCCAAAACCCUUUUUUAAUAGGGAAAUGUUUUUUUUUAAAUAAGAAUAAAACUCAUAAGUGAACACUUUGAAAAUUAAUAAACUGUUAAAAGAACUCAUGAGGGUAAGAGAAAAUACAACUGUAGCCUAUGCUAAUAAUUCUUAGUGAGGGUUAAAACUUGAUUUAUUGUCACUUUUUUUAAUUUAAACAUUUUUUAUUGACAAAGUUUGCCCUAAGAGUAACAAAAAAGUCAUCGAGAGGGCUCACUUUGAAAUAAUGUUAAAUUUUAUAAAAUUACAUUAAAUAGUACAUGUAAAUUAGUCAAAGCGGCAGCAAAACAAAGCGGAUAUUUAAGGAACUUUGAGUAUAAAAGUUCUGCAGAUGAAACAGUCAAAAUAUUGUAGUUCUAGAUAAUGUACAGGCACAAUAAAUGCACUGUAAUUUUUAACUACAGCUUCCCCUGCACAAAAGAUGCAAAUUAUGAACAAAAGUCAACACCUUUGAACUGUUUGAAUGUCGAAAGUCUUCAAAGAUUUCUGGUCACUUUUAAGUAGCUCGCACUGAUAUUUCUUUUUAUGUUUAUAUUGUUUAGGUGGAAAACAAAGGCAACCUUGAAUCUCAAAGGUAGGAUCAGAAAUAAUGAUCAUUUCACAUCUUUUGUGAUGCUAUAGCCUGAGAAAACAGCCAACAUUUUAUGACAUGGCCAUCACUGGUUUCCCCAGGAAUUUCAUAUUGAUGACACAUCACAGAUCUGGGUAGUGAUGCCUCAUCAGUAAGGAAACUCUACGCUCAUUCUUCAGACAUCAUUUCAUGGGGAACUCAGUGGUGGGAUUGCAAAAUGUACACACAGCUGUGUUUAUGUAUAAGGCUGCUACAUAUAAAUAUUAUAUUUCACUGUUAUUUUACUUGGGACUGUUUUGGGAAUAUCUUUGCAAUGGACUGAGGACAGCUGAUUAGCCAUGACCAACAAUGGGUUUUACAGUGAGCUUUAUUUUAUAAUGAACUGUUUAGAUUACAAAUAAUGUGUGACACAUAGGGAAGCAUUACCUUUGUAAACAAAGUCCUUACUGAACAAAAUUUUCAUUUACAAUUCUGUAGAGUCAAGGCAUAUUACAGUCAAGCCAGAUCAAGCAUACCCUGCUAGAUUCCAUAAAUGAGUAAACACCCCCUAACUUAGCUUUCCAGGCUUUUCUAAAUGUGGAAGAGCCAUGACAGCCAGAAAUCAUUCUAAGUCAGAAAUUUCCAGGAUUUUUGACAUGUAAAGAAAAUCCUGGAAAGCUUGGAAAAUUUUUUCUUGGCUUUCCAGGCUUUUCUAGGCUUCCCAGGAAACCCCAGAAUCAAGUGAAAUGAUCGUCAUGUUUUAAAAAGUCUGCAAGGGUUCCAGGCUUUUUUGAACGGGAACAGCCUGGAAGGCAUGGAAUAUUUUCUCUUGGCUUUUCCAGGAAACCCUAGAAUCAAGGAGGAGCCAAGAGUGCUUGAAAUCAUUCUGGUCAGAAGCUCAAUCCAGGCUUUUUUGCACGUAAGGAAAAGCUUGGAAAGCGUGGGACAUUUUCUCUUGACUUUCUAGGCUUUCCAGGAAACCCUACAAUCAAGGAAGAGCCAGGGAGUGCCAGAAAUCCUUCUUGUCAGAAGCUCCGGUGGUUUUUGCACAUAAGGAAAAGCCCUGAAAGUGUGGAAAAUUUUCUCCUUGCUUUCCGGGCUUUUCCAAGAAUUCCUGGAAAGCCAGGAGAGCUCGGACACUCCUGGCUUUUCCAGGCCUUUUCGUAGCUUUUCCGCAUGUGCAAAAAAGCCCAGAAUUGAAGCCAGAAAUUUUACCUCGGGAAUUCCGGGCUCCUUUUUGCAGGGAAAGCUCCCUAUUGUUUUAUUUGUUCCCUUGUAAAGCAAUGCAAAAUUUUAUUCAUUUCUACUAACAUAAGUCAAAUUGACUUUCUUUUUACCAGGCUGUAAAUACCCUGAUCCAAUGGUGGGUGCAAGUCCAUCUUUCCAGGCGCGAAUCACAGAAAUGGCUCAACUGGAAAUAGAAACAAUCAGAUUUGAGAAAACAAAAAAGACAAGAAAAAAGGCCUCGAGUUCUUAGAGAAGUCGUAACAUUAUUGGGUACCAGCUAGAUUAAUUUUUUAAUUUAAAUUAUUACAAGUUGCCAGAGAGCAACUUGCUUUUUUUAAAUUCUUUUGAAAUGUUUCUUCUUUUUGAAACUGCCAAUAUAUUUAUAUCCUAAAUACAGUCACUUUAAAUUAACUCAGUCACGAACAAACGUUUGUUCCGAACUAGUCAGAUCCUUUUUAUUGAUGAAACAUUGUAAAUAUAUAGUAUCAGGUUUCGAAUUCUUAAACAUAUAGAUAUCUUACAUUGUAAAUAAUAAUUACUGUAAACAGUUUUAUCGCAAAACAAUUUUUCUGGGCAAAUCUUAACUGCUGUAACGUACUUAAAGUAAAGUCUUUUUUACCCGUAGCAAUUGAGUGAAAUUAAAGAAAUUAUACUUAAAUUCAUUUUUUUUUAUUACCAGGCCCCAUUUACACCAAGAAAAUGUUUUAACCAAAUUAAAAAAAAACAAAGUUUUAAAACCUAAGGGCUGGUUCACACUGUCGACGCGCACCCAUGCACAAGAAAAUUUACUGUGAACUUAACCUCAAUGUAAACGCAAAUUCAAGCGCCGAGGCAAGACAUGGGGAAUUUUAUUUUCCACUUUUCACGUAUGUGUUUGUUCUUGCAUUUAUUUGCGUUCACGAGGCGUUUGUAACCAGAUUCUAAGUCACUAAGUAGUAUUAGUACAACUCCAAUUCCGAUCGGGGCCAUUUUUCUUUUGUUUUGUGUUGGUUGAGGGGACAACAGAAAAAGAAGAAAAAGCUCAAUGGAUCGAUACUUGACUGACACCGAAGGCUUUUUUCAUUUUUGCUGAAUUUCUUAUUGAAAGGAAUUAUUAGACAGUUUUUUUGAAGGGAAAACAACGGUUCUGAACCGAAGGCCGUUUUUCAAACGGUUUAGUUUUGGUUUUAAAUGGACCGUGGUUAUGGUGUUGUCUUGGAGUUUUUGAUGAGUUAUGUAGCCCUGACUCUAUUAGCCUAUGACUCUAUACACAUAAAUUGAUUUCUGGUAUACAUUUCGGGCCUAGAGAGUGAACUGCACGGCUAUAUGACUUGUCUUGGAUCCAUCGGUUUUUUUGUUCUUAACUUAUAUUAACUGAGUUUUACAAGUUCCUAGCGAUGAAUUUCUCUGUGUUCAUUUAAUUUGACAGUAUAAGAAGUGUUAUCGCGUAAAAGUAUAAAGCAGUCUAUAGGAAUGAGUAAUAAUAAUAGAUUAUGGUGACAGGGG